AUGAUUGGAAUAUCAUUCUAAUCUUAGUAAUAUUAUGAUUAUUAAGACUUAAAAUCAUUAUAAGAUAUUCUAAAAAUUGAUUCAAUAGGAUCUAAUAAUAUUUAUGAAGAUGAAUAAAUAAUUGAAUAUCAAAUUGAUCGAUCAAAAUGUUUAAGAUUGAGUGAUCUCAUUUAUUUAAUUGUAAAUUAACUUUAUUAUAUUUUAUUAGAAUCAAAAGUAUAUUAAAUUGUAUUUAGGAUAACUAUUAACUUUAUUUAAUAAUUUAUUAGAAAAAGUCAUUUAAUUAUAAAUUGAAUAUAAAAUUAAUCAUUAAUAUAUUGAUGACAAUAGAAUUUGGUUGAUAUUUCAAGAUUCAAAUUAAUGUGUAAAUAUAGAUUAUACUUAUAUAAAUUAUACAAUUGCAUUUACAGGAUAUUAAUGUUAAUUAUAUGAAUAAGGUUAAGAUUUAAUUAUACCAGCAGAUUAGAAAAUAUAAUAGAUUAUUAAGGAUAUUUUAAAUAAUUUUAAGAAUAACAAAAUAUAUAUUAAUGAUUCUUAAAAAGAUAAAAUUAUUAAAUACAUUUAUGAUCCAAUAAUAACAGAAUGUAAUAAAUAAAAUAUAUAAAAUACUUUAAAAUUACUAUUAAAUAUUUUAAAAUAAUUUAAGUUUAAUUAAGAACAAUAAACUAUUGAAUUAGAUUAAAAUAUAAUUUAAAAAAUAGAUACAAGAAUGAUUAAAAAAGGAACAGUUAAUGAAUAUUGGAAAGAACUCAUUUAAAAUAUAAAAGGUGAAAGCUCAUUUAUUAUAGAAAAUGUUAUAAUUUCAAAGAUAAAACAUUUAAUAUUUUUUUUUGAAUAUAAAAGAUCUUCUUCGAUCAAUGAUGAUAAAGAAAUGGAAGUAGUGAAGUAAUUGAAAUCAUUUUAAGAUAAAUAUAAAAAAAUAUUUGAGAAAAAAGCAUAAAAUAUAAUUUAAUAAUAAUUUGAAAAUACUUUAAAUAAAUAAAUGGAAAAUUAUAAAUUUGAUAUUGAUGAAGAAGAAAAAACAAACAUAUUAAACAGUUUAUUAAACAGAAUUUUAAAUAUGAAAUUGAAUAAAUACUUUUAGAAUUCUCCACAUUAUUUAUUAAAAACAGAUUCAAAUCAAAUUCUAUAAUAUUAAUUAAAUUUAAUUACUAAAUUAUCAUAACCUAUAAUCAUAGAAGAAGUCGAACUAUUAAUUGAUUUCAAAAUAUUGACCUUGAUUAAUGAGUUAAUUUGA